GUGAAUGUGAAGAGGAGAGGAAAGAGUAUCAAUCGAUAAUCAUAGCAUAUAUCAAACACUUAUCUUGUGUGAAAUCAAUAUCAUCGAUCAAUGGCUUCCAAUCUCAACCCUGCGUUUGCGUACACGGUGCUUUAUGUAAAAGAUGUAGCCCAAUCUGUAGAUUUCUAUGCCAAAGCAUUUGGCUAUUCUGUUCGUCGCUUAGACGACUCUCACAGAUGGGGAGAGUUGGAAAGUGGUAACACAACCAUUGCUUUCACUCCAAUGAUCCAACAUGAGACCAAUGAUCUCACAGGUGCGGUCCAUGCCACUCAAUCUCCUCGAGAAAGACCACAGCUCGAGGUUUGUUUUGUUUACCAUGAUGUUGAUGCUGCUUACAAGAGGGCGGUGGAGAAUGGAGCGGUGGCGGUGAGCGAGCCUGAGCUCAAGGAGUGGGGCCAGAAGGUAGGGUAUGUCAGAGAUAUUGACGGCAACGUCAUCAGAAUGGGAAGCCAUGUCAAAUAGGAACAUAUAUAUUUCAUUCAUAUGCUGUGUGAUGCCUGUUUAUGGUUCUGUUUAAGUAUAAACAAGAUCACUGUACUGUGUGAACUGCUGUACUUGUGGUAAAAAAUGAUGAUCACUACUAGAAUAAAAUUAUCAACUGCAUGCUGUCAUGAAGGAAUCAACUCUCCUUGCAUGUGUGUAAACAGCUGUAUUGUGCAU